AUGGCUCUCCCGGCCUGUUUUACGGCCAGAGGAGAGCUGUCGAAGGCCUCUGAACAACCCAAGUCGACUUUUCUGCCAUCUAACACCCGAUAUUUUCCUAUCAGUAAGAUUAAACAAAUCUUCGCGACAAACAACUGCCUAAGAGAUGUGUUUUUGUGCGAGUGCGCGGCUUGCACCAGAGACUCUGGGCUGACCUUGGAGCAUCGUGAAGCGCUCUUUAAUCCAAACGAUUUUGGAAGUUAUGUGACGGUGUACGCCUUGCUUAUCUGGCAUCACCGAGCGGGGUUGAUUCACCUUUUCCAACAGCAUGAAGUUUAUCUCAGCAAUACCACGUUUUUCAACGAGGGAAGUUUGGAGUUCCUCCGCGGGGCUGGAGUGGCAGGCCAGGAGAUCAUCAGUGAUAUCCUCCGCGACCAGUACAGUUUUCAAAUCCGGACCUUGGAGCCAUGCAGGCAGCCAACGACGAUUUCCUCAUACGAAACUUUGCCCAUUAUCGAGGACGAGGAGCGGAAGGGGCGAGGCGAUUUUGGCCAAGUAUAUGGCUUUCGCAUCCCGUUCGAUGAAUACCGGGGGGAGGAAUUUCGUCGUAAUAAUCGGUUUGCACGCAAGAUAUUCAAUACAGACGACAAUACAUCCGGGCUGAAGGAAUGGUUUACACUGCUUCACCUCAAACGAAUAAACCAUGGCCAUCUGAUGCCCGCUCUUGGGGCCUUUUCCCACGGGAAACACUUUUUUAUCCUAUUUGAAGAAGCGAGCGAGACCUUGGGCACCUAUCUUAAAAGCGAUGGCACAUCAUUUCGACCUCAGGAAUUGUGGAAACAAGUUCAAGGCCUGGCGGAGGGGCUGGCACAUCUGCAUGGAAAGGACAACGACAGGAUCGCCUACCACCGAGACCUAAAACCUGCAAAUAUCCUAAUUGUCCGGGGAACGAUGAAAAUUUCAGAUUUCGGACUUCUACAGUUCAAGUCUCCCGGGCCGAUUGGUGACUCAAACCCUUCCAUAGCCGACGAUAUAUUUGAUUCUCGAGCUUAUGUCGCCCCCCAAAGUAAAGACGGGCGCUAUACACGACCUAUGGAUGUAUGGUCGCUUGGUGCCAUCAUUUCAGAGAUCGCAACAUUUGACCUGGAAAAGAAAGAGGGGGUCCAGCAGUAUCGAAGUGAGCGGAAACAAGAUAUGGAGGAAGGCCAGAAUUAUGCCUUGAUGCGAUUCCACAAUAAGGGGAAAAUGAAAAUAUCGGUACGAGAAAGACAUAAGAAACUGCAUGAUAAAGUGAAGCGAAGUAUGCGGCCCCAGAAUCGCGAAGAAAUCGACCACUUUCAGCAGAAAUUCCUCACGGAGUCGUUUUUUGGGUUAGUGGAAGAAAUGCUCUGGGAUGGCGAUGGAGGGUGUCCAUCAGCUGAAGCUGUGGCUACUCGCUUGCAGGAGCUCUAUUAUCACGCUCUUACGCCUCGAGGCCCCGACCGACCCUCUACAUCUCCAGAAGGAGACAUCUGGGAGGAUAUAGAAGGGAGGAGGCUGAUUGAUAGUCCAUUGAAUGCCAACUGUCGACUGCAAGUUGCAAAAUGUGGACUGCUUUUACACGGACUGGCCCAGAAUCAAUCACUCCUGGUCCGAUGUUUCAUUCGUGAAUCGGCGGAUAUGCAAUUACACGAAAUUAGAGAGACAUUCAUGCGAAUGGGCCAAAAAUAUCCAAGUAUUAUUCCUGAUUAUGUUUCCAACACCGACGAAAGGAAAGGCUUCAAUGUGACGCUUUACCAACCCGAUCGCCGAUACUACACCUAUAAAUUCGCCAAUCUUCGAGACAUGCUCAACUUACAGGCUGCUAUGACCAAUCAGUAUGCAUAUGAAUUCUUUGCCCUAUUCAAAAAGAACAACUUCCUUCGACCAACACCAACGCCUGUUAUGAAAAUUGACAAUGCAACUACACAGUUGUGGUCCGAGGGGGACUUUGAUGAAGAGGAUCAGAAACUUUGGGACGAUACGAGCUGGGCCCUUGCGCCUAGGAUGCACGUGGCCAUUCUGUCGAUGAUGACUCAAAAACUAGUCUUGAUCAAAGGUAGGUGGACCUGGAGCAUUAUUGCGUCAAAUUUGAAACUAAGCGGACCAAUUUUUCACUUAAAGUGA